CAGCAGUGCACGCCUGAGUCGGGAGCUGUAUAUAGUGGCUGUGUUUGUUACGAAGUGAUGUCGAAGUGUCGAGUGGUUCACGUGUGGUCAUGAAAACAGCAGUAGGCACAAAGAAGUGAUUGCUCCAGGUACUUUGUUGUGAAGUGCAGGUGAAUGAGUGCAGUGUUCAGAGGGAAGUACUGUGCAUCAAACUGAAUAAGAAUUUUGCUUUAACACGUAUUUGGACUCGUGUGUUUGUGUGUGUGUUAAAAGUCACUGACUGUAUGAGGUGCAGUAGGACAAUAUUGUGUUACUGAUACAUCUAUGGCACUUCAGGAUUAUGGUAGCUGCAGUUAUACGAUGCACCACCACAACCAGUUAGAAGACGUGGGGUCAUACCGGAAUGUAGAAAUAAGCUCAGCCUUCACCCACCUGCCGCAAAAAGAUAUGGCGAGGGACUCCCCGGUAGGCAGCCCUGUUGUGUCUAGGAGGACCGAUCUCAAUAAUGUGAACAACACUUACCACAUUGACCCUGGCCUACACGAGCAGGCGUUCCAGCAGCAGAUCCUGCAGCUGAAGAAGCAACAACAGCUGCAGCAACAGAUUCUGCUGCAGCACUUUCAAGCACAGCAAGCGCAGCUUGCGGAACAACAUGAACAACAGUUGCAACAACAUCUCAAGAAGGCAGAGAAAGCAGCUAUGCGAUUUCAUCGACAGCAGGCUAUGGAGUUCUGGGAACAGCAGAAGCAAUUGGAAGAGCAGCGUGAACGACGUGAGAAAGAGAAGCUGGAGGCCCUCAAGAAGAAAGAUAAGAAUGAACACAGUGCCGUAGCUUCUAAUGAAGUUAAACGGAAGUUGAUGGAUUUCCUGCAGAAAAAACAGGAAGCAGCAGCUGCUGCUGCCGCCAAUGGAACACUGCCUGUUGGUUCUCCCUCUGGAUAUAGAAACUGGAGUGUACUGCAGGCUCCACAAGGGAGUGAUGCAAGUUCCUCUGUAACAAGCAUCAAUCCAGCCACAGGAGUUGCGCACUCAUAUCGGAUGCAGUCCAUGAUGCCCAAAUUUGAUGAUGAUUUUCCUCUCAGGAAAACUGCCUCCGAGCCGAACCUCCUGAAGGUACGCCUCAAGCAAAGAGUGAUGAACAACCAUCGCAAUAGCCCCUUGGCCAGGCACAAAGAUCGCCACCUCAGCACACUGAAGAGGAAGUCGCAGCUAGCAAUUGAUACUUCAAGUAGCAAUCCAGACUCAGGCCCCAGUUCCCCACCCAGUGUUGCCAAUGCUCAGCCUUCUCCAACUGCAGGCAGAAAUACACCCAUACAAGAGGAAGGUGAAGUCUCACCAUAUGGACCACUGGCCAGCAGUAGUCACCAGGGUAGCAUGAGUGACCUGUCUUUGUACAGCAGUCCAUCUAUGCCGAACAUCUCCCUGGGUCGUCCACCCAUCCACUCCAGCUUAUCGGAAGGAGCCAAACUUGCACCGGUCUCAGAAGCGGAAGUACGAGCUGCAUGUACAGCUAGAUUGGGCAUGCCCCUUACAGGACAGAUGUUACCUGGAACUCUUCCUUACUACCCCACUCUGCCAGUUAUUGAUGGUGACUACAGCAACCCCAACUCUCCUGGGUACAUUCAUAAGCAGAUGCAGUCCCUGGAACAAGCUCGACCUGGAAACUUGCUGCCGAGCGUGUAUCAGGGCGCUCCAAUCACAGAUACUCAGGUGGCACAUGCAAGGUUGAAUAAGCAAGGACACCGCCCUCUGGGACGUACCCAGUCAGCUCCACUACCUCUGGGACAUCCUAUGUUGGCAGGAAGCAGCAUUGCCAUUGUUCCCACUCAUUAUGAGGAGUACCUUCCAGAGAAGCAAUUGUAUGACCAGCAGCAGGCUCAUAACUUUCUUAAGCAGCAAAUUCGGCAGACAGUUUUAACCAGGGUUGGAGGCAGAGGUCAGUCAAGUGGGGGGCAGCUGGAUGAAGCUCCAGAAACCGAGGAGUCGGCUGAGGUAAUAGAUCUGACAGAUAGAAAAGGGAGUGAGGAGAGUGAGAUCUCAAAACAGCAACGUGACCGGGAGCAGUUCUUGCAGCAGCAGCGGGACUUGAUGAUGAGAAACACACUUCAAGUCAGCGAGGGUUCUGCCUUCAGUCCAAGGUCAUCUCACAUAGCAAGACCACUAUCACGGGCAUUAUCCAGCCCAUUAGUAGCCCUAGGCCCAACGGACAUUCCUGCUUCAUCAUGUGUCGCAGUCAGCAAUCACUGCAGCAGUGCAGUGGGUGGAUCUGGACCACACAGACUUACAACAGGACUGGCAUUUGACAGUCUGAUGUUGAAACAUGCCUGCAUCUGUGGUGAUAAUUCGAGUCACCCAGAACAUGGGGGAAGACUUCAGAGUGUGUGGGCUCGUCUGAUGGAAACGGGGUUGGUCCAGAGAUGUGACCGUGUGAGAUCCAGGAAGGCUACCUUGGAGGAGAUACAAGCCUGCCACAGUGAAGCACACGCUCUGUUGUUUGGUACAAAUCCAUUGAAUCGUCAGAAGUUAGACAUGAGCAAACUGUCACAGCUUCCCAUUAAGAGCUUUGUGCGUCUGCCUUGUGGUGGUAUCGGUGUAGAUUCAGACACGACGUGGAAUGAACUGCACACAGCGCCAGCUGCUCGUAUGGCUGUUGGUUGUGUUGUUGAUUUGGCAUUCAAAGCUGCUGCAGGAGAUAUAAAGAAUGGGUUUGCUGUAGUUCGGCCACCUGGACAUCAUGCUGAGGCCUCUCAGGCAAUGGGCUUCUGCUUCUUCAAUUCAGUUGCUAUUGCAGCCCGUCUGCUGCAGCAGAGGCUGGACAUGCAGCGGAUUCUCAUUGUGGACUGGGAUGUGCACCAUGGUAAUGGAACUCAGCAGAUGUUCUAUGAUGAUCCAAGAGUGUUAUAUCUCUCUAUUCAUCGUCAUGAUGAUGGUAACUUUUUUCCAGGCACUGGAGGACCAACAGAGUGUGGUGCUGGUGAAGGAGUUGGGUUCAAUGUGAAUCUAGCAUGGUCUGGUGGCCUUGCCCCACCAAUGGGAGAUGCAGAAUACUUGGCAGCUUUCAGGACUGUUGUUCUGCCUAUUGCAAAAGAAUUUGCACCAGAAAUUGUCUUGGUGUCUGCUGGUUUUGAUGCAGCUGCUGGCCAUGCUGCUCCGCUUGGAGGUUAUAAGGUGUCACCCGCAUGUUUUGGUCACAUGACACAACAGCUCCUAAAGUUAGCUGAUGGAAAGGUGAUCUUGUCACUGGAAGGCGGGUAUGAUCUUCCGUCCAUCUGUGACUCAGCUCAAGAAUGUGUCCGUGCUUUGCUAGGAGAUGACCCCAGUCCUUUGCGAGAGGAGGAGUUGAUGCGAUUGCCAUGUCACAAUGCUAUUGACACAUUGCAGAAAACAAUUGCCAUUCAGCUCCCUCAUUGGCCAUGCAUCAAGCGCACAGCGCAUACAGCUGUCUGUUCAGCUGUGGAAGCUGUACAAAAGGAGAAGGAUGAAUCAGAGACAGUGACUGCAAUGGCUAGUUUGUCAAUGCAACAACAAAGCAACAGUUUACAGACACCUGAGCAUUCCCGAGGCUCAUCAGAGGAACCAAUGGAGCAGGAUGAUGCUAAGUGAAGCUGUUGCAGAGUGCUGGACUAAGCUGCCAUGUUGUGGGCAUAUCACAUCUAUUGUCAGCAAGUUGUGGGUCGGUUGGUGGUGAAAAUAGGUUUGGUUUUGGAGGUCUGGAUGCUAGAUACUUUGUCUGCGGAACAGUGGCGGAUGUCUAUGCGAGGUGUCUGUGAUUUGGCUACUUUAAACGAAGAGCUGAGUACACCAAACUAUGAAAAUGUAUGCUCUUACUUCUCUGGUGGUUAGCUUUCAAUUUUUACGAAUGACAAAUACUUUCGUAAUUUCAAGAAACAAGGCUAACAAAUUGUAAUGAGGCUGUGUUUAGACUGUUAUGUUGGGAAGCCCCGGUGAACUGCCAACGUUCGUGUUACUUAAAAUUCCUAAAGAAGGGGGAUGGUAAGUGGCAUUAGAGCAAUUUAUGAAUGCUUUAGAGCUGAAAAAUAUAUCUCAGAAUGGCUUUAAGUAGCUGACAUAGUUGAAUUCUCUUUAAUGGUGGAAUUGAAUUUAAUUUAUAAAGGGAGAUGGACACCAUUUCUUCACGUUACAUUGUAAUGCCACCUGGGGUUUGAUGACUGAUCAGUUAUUUUGGAUGAUGGUUGCUCAAUUUCAUGAGAAUUUUUCUCCCUUUUUGUCUUUUCAUUGUUGGUGUUUGGUAGUAUUUUGCUGUACGCUGCUGACUGGAGAGAGCAGAAAGGCUGGUUGGUCAUGUUUGGUGCUUUGACAUUAUCAGAAUGAAGAAGUCAGAUGUAUUUCAUGACUGUUCUUAUAAAGGCAACGAAAUACUAUGAAACUUGUUGGACUAAUUGGGUCAGAGAGUGCCUCAAAUCAUACAAAAUUGUUUCUUUAAAGUAAAGAAAAGACAGUAGUAUUAGUGAGCUGAUGCUGAACACUUGAACACAGUAUAGGUUCAGUCAUGUAAAAGCUUAUAAUUAGAUGAAAUAUUAUUGUCAUUGUAUUUAUAGAAGAUUAUUCAUAUGUGAGAAAUAUUUAAAACAAAAAGUGCAGGACACUUAUUUAUAGAGUUUUCUAAGAUCAUUGGAGCAAAGUUUUCCAUUUGUUAUAAAAAUUGUGGCAUUGCAAAACAAUCGAAUUCUAAGAUUCUGUACAGAAUGUUUCUAUAAUAGUUAAUAAUCACUAGGGCUGAAUUGAGUUAUUAAUAUACCUUUUUUUCAGAUGCUGAAGUGAUAGUUGUGCAGUACAGUUGUUAAUUUUGGUAUUUAUAUACCAUGUAUCUUUAAAACUGGCUAGAUUGUUUGUAUGUUGGAAAAACAAAAAUAACAAAAAUAAUGUGUGAUAAUUGUGCAUACAGAAAGAAGAGCAUUUAUUUUUAUGUGAAGCAUUUUAAAUUUCAAACAUGUUGUAAUAGAUAACAUUUUUUCAAGGUAAAUGGAGUGUGAAAUAUGGCAAAACAUAGAAGAACGUUUUCAGGGGUUCUGUUUAAGAUUUGUGGUUGAGGUGAACAGAUGUAAUACAAAUAUAUAAAAGUCUUGCUGUCCAUGCCUCUGUUGAAAGUGUGAGAGAUUUUAUUGUGAAGCUUCAGAGGAAGCUUGCCUAAUAUUGUUAAUUGUUUAGAAUAUUUUAUCCAUAUGGUUAAUUUUUAAAGAAUAGCAAGUGACAGUUGAUAUGAUAUAAUGUGAAGGGUUGUGACUGGAUGUAUAUAGUGUACUUGGAAUCAUAAGUUUUAUAUAGAUACUGUCUUACAUUCCUGUUGGAGUAACAUAACUAAAGUUGAAAGUGUUUUCCAUACUUUUUCUAAGUUGAUUCAUCAUCAGAAGGAGGGAUAUGUGUCUGUGCAAUUUUGAGGGCAGGACUUCAGUGCUCUGUUUCUCAGUUGGAGAUAAUGUCAGUGUUUUAUGUUAUAAGUAACCAAAACUGUUUCAUACAUGUUCAGUAUUAGUAGAAACAUAUGCUUUUAACUAAUUAAUUUUGGUUGAAAAGCAAAUUGGUGUUUUAGUUCUGUUGGCUGUAAAAUUCCAAUAUGAUCAAUUAAUAUGUUGCUUGGAGAAAGUGGACCUGUUGGUGUAACAUAUAAUGUGUAAUACAUAGUUGAACAAUAUUAACAAAUUAGAUUAUGAUGAUCAUGUUGAGUAUCAUUCUUUAGUAUGAAACUGAUCUAUAUGAACUGGAUCCCUGUAAUUUUUGCAGUGUGAUCGAAUGGGCAUACACCCAGCAGACAAACAAGCACAGAUUGUAUUUAUUUAUUUAAAAUAUGUUGAGUCUUAGACAUGUUUUCAUCCAUGUGGAGCACCUAUUAGAAUCACAGUUUGUCCGUCUGUCUGUAUGUAUGAAACAACUUGAGAACCACUGAACAGUUUUCAUGAAAUUUGAUGUUGGGUAAUUUAACUAAAAUUUGUCAACCCAUUCCAAUUAUGGAUGAAAUCAGAGGCUUCAUUAGAGAACAUAUUACAUGAAGACCUAUGCACAUUUGUUCAUAUAUUUCAAACUUAAGUCAUGCAUAACGAACCAAAUAUUUAUGAGAGAAAAAAUUGAACUGAAGUUUUAGAGAAAAAUGAAACACAUUUUAUGCCUGAUGUACAUUUUCAGUAAGUCUUAAGGAUUUAUAGAUAAUUGAACAAAAGGGAGUGAACAUGCCGAAAUUGUUACUCUGUGUGUACAUUUCCUAACUUGUGUGGAAUGUAAUAAAUGAUAACGCGAACUUCACAACGGAUUGUUAAUUUGUGAAACGUAAGUUGUUUUACCGUAAUUUUAAAAGUAAAAAAUUGUGAUAAUUAACUUUCAUAUAUGUAACAUGUACAUAAAUAGAUAGGACCUAUGACAGUUCUAGGACAAGAUAUCCAGGUGUGCAGAAAUUCUAGAAAGCAACCUGAUGUGUGUUAAUUGUCCCUUAUAUGCUGUUUGAUAUACAAUGCUGAAAAACGUUUAUUGGUGUAAGAAGAUGGAAUCCUUUGUUUAAUCACUUGCCCGUUAUAAAUGUUUUAUGUAAAAAGAAAGCAAAUGACUAUCCAGAAAUACAUUGAAAAUCGUAUCUUGAUGGUGGUGGUGAUAAUGAUAAUGAAAAUGUAAUUACUUGCCUAUAUAUACACAUAGAGUACACGUAUGAAAAUAAUUUAAAUUCUGUUAUUUAUUAGAGCAUUUCUAACAGCUAAGUCUGUAAUAGGCAUGCACUUGAAAUACAUAAAUACAGAAGAAGACAAAAAUUGACAGCAGCAACAGUUAUAAUAAUAAGGAAGGAAAGAAAGAAAGAAAGAGAAAAUGUAACAAUUAAUUGAAUAGGAUUACACAAAGGUAAAGUGUCAUCUAGGAAAUUGCAUUGCUUCCAAAAAUUUCAGCAAAUUGACAUUACUGUUAACAGCGCUGGCAUGCCUGCCUGAUUAUUGCUUUCAGCGAAAAUGAACAAGUCACUAAUUAAGUUAGUGGGUGCACAAAGACCUACAGUAUUUGCAAUAGACUGGUAUUUUAUAUUAUCCUUUAAAAAGAAACGAAGGUGGCAUUGUCUGGCAAAAAAUGUUUUUUUUUGAUUUUAGACAUUCCAAGAUCAGGUCAUACUUACUGACUUACUCAUGGAGCUGAGCUCUUCUGGAGAAGUCGCCAAUUCUGCAGCU